UGUGACGUCGGUGGGUCCAGUCCCGGGCUACACUGCCUGCCUCUGGUCCCGUCUCGAGCAGAAACCACUCCACUCCACAGUGCAUCGCGGCUCCCUUGAACGCACCACGCUGCCGGUCUUUUUCGAACAUUCAACCAACGACGUGUCCCCCACAACUCCAAGAGAGUGGGGAGCAAAAGAAAAAAGCGAUAGUACAGGAAGAAGAGGAAGAAGAAGAAGAAGAAGAAGAAGAAGGAGAAGAAGAAGAAGGAUAAGAAGAAGAACGAGGAGAGAAAGAGAUCAAAUAAAGAGCAAAGAAGAAGAGGAGCGAGGUCUCCACCGAGAAGAUGCUGACUGCAGCCGGAGUGUUGGCUGUGGUCGCUUUGGGUCUGAGCGCGGCUCACUCCAAAGUGAAUAAACACAAGCCGUGGAUUGAGACGUCAUACCAUGGGGUGAUCACUGAAAACACUGACGUUGUUCUGCUUGAUCCUCCUCUGGUGGCUCUGGACAAGGAUGCCCCCAUCCCAUAUGCAGGGGAGAUCUGUGCUUUUAACAUCCAUGGGUUGGAUGCUCCAUUCGAGGCAGUGGUGCUGAACGGUACUUCGGGGGAGGGCCAACUGAGGGCCCGUGGCCUGGUGGACUGCGAGCUGCAGAAGGAGUACACCUUCAUCAUUCAGGCUCAUGACUGCGGUUCAGGACCGAGGGGCACCGAGGGCAAAAAGUCCCACAAGGCAGUGGUCCAUAUUCAGGUCAACGAUGUGAAUGAGUUUGCUCCAGUGUUCCGGGAGCCCCAGUACCAAGCUGCAGUGACAGAGGGCAAGAUUUAUGACAGCAUCCUACAAGUGGAGGCCACGGACCAGGACUGUUCACCUCAAUACAGCCAGAUCUGUAACUACCAGAUCACCGCUACCAACACACCCUUUGCUAUAGACCGCAACGGUAACAUCCGGAACACAGAGAAGCUGAGCUAUGACCGAGAGCAACAAUAUGAGAUCCAGGUGACUGCCUGGGACUGCGGCCAGAAGAGAGCUUUGCACAGCGUCCCUGUCCGCAUUGAAGUCAAACCUGUCUGCAAACCCGGCUGGCAAGGUUGGAAUAAACAAGUUGACUAUGAGCCUGGAACAGGCAGUAAGCCGUUGUUUCCCAAAAUGCAUCUGGAGACCUGUGGCGGGCCGCUGUCAUCUGCAAGAACCACUGUGGAACUUCAAACCAGUCAUAUUGGGAAGGGCUGUGACCGAGAGACCUACUCUGAGAAGUCCCUACAGAAACUAUGUGGGGCCUCAUCAGGCAGCACUGACCUUCUGCCCGCCCCCUCUGCUGCCACAAACUGGACAGCUUCUCUGGUGACUGACAGCGGCAGAGACAGUGACUUGAUAUUCCUGUUUGACGGUCACCAGGCGGCUAAAAUUCCAAGCUGGGUCGUACCCCAGAACCUGACAGACCAGUUCACUAUUGCAACAUGGAUGAAGCACGGGCCAAGUCCUGGGCUCAGGGCUGAAAAAGAGACUCUGCUUUGUAAUUCAGAUAAGACAGAGAUGAAUCGUCAUCACUACUCCCUGUAUGUCCACAAUUGCCGUCUGGUGUUCCUGUUGAGGAGAGACUUUACUCAGGUGGACACGUUCAGACCUGCUGAGUUCCACUGGAAACUGGACCAGAUCUGUGACAAGGAGUGGCAUUACUAUGUCAUCAACGUGGAGUUUCCGGCGGUGACACUCUAUGUGGACGGAGUGACGUAUGACCCCUACCUGGUGACUGACGACUGGCCGAUUCACCCGUCACAGAUUGACGUGCAGCUGACAGUCGGGGCCUGCUGGCAAGGUGGCGAGGUGACCAAACCCCGAUUUACUCAGUAUUUCCGGGGCAGCCUAUCUGGACUGACCAUUCGACCGGGAAAGAUUGAGAGUCAGAAAGUCAUUUCCUGUCUGCAGGCUUGCAAAGAAGGACUGGACAUCAACUCCCUCGAGAGCCUGGAUAAGAGCAUCAAGUUUCACUUUAACCCAGCUCAGUCCAUUCUGGUGAUGGAGGGAGAGGAUUUAGAAAACAUGAACACCGCUCUGAGGAGAGUCUCCUACAUAAACUCGCGCCAGUUCCCCACUGCAGGUGUACGACAUCUUCGCAUCUCUACUGCUGUCCAGUGUUUUGGUGAGGAUACCUGCAUCACCAUCCCUGACAUCGAGGCAGUCGUGAUGGUGCUGCAGCCCAGUGAGCCCAGAAUAACCAUCACUGGGCUGAAAAGACAGAGUCUACCUGCGUCUGACCUCAGGGGUCCUGUCGGUGUUGCACUAUUCCAGGAGCUCCACAUCAUCAGCACAGUCACCAGAGUAGACGCUGCUGCACAACACACAGCCCAAAGACAAGGCAUUCUGGAGGAGAUAAUUCACAACUUGGACUAUUGCGAUAUCCUGGUGUUGGGAGAGGAGCUAAAACCCGACCAGGAGUCACUCCAACUGCAGCGCAGCGUUCUGCUUGGGAAACACCUUGAUGCCACCAACUCCACAUCUGGGAUGUCCAUAUAUGGUGUGGACUCCAUGUCUAACUAUGAAGAGGUUAUCCGAGAGGUGCAUUAUUACAACUGGCAACCUGCACAGUUAACAGAGAGAACGUUUCGCCUCACAUGCUCAGAGCUCAAUGGACGCUACACCAGCAAUGAGUUUAACUUGGAGGUGAGCAUCAUUCACAGUUCAGAGGUCAGAGAACAUGCCAGUCACGCUGUGGUUCCACCUCAGUACAUGCAGUUAGUCCACAAUCCAUCCAUGAUUCACGAAGUGUACCCUGGACACAACUCAGGUGUGCCGAGUGCCGCCACAGUAGUCAUUGUAGUAUGCAUCGCCGCCCUGGUGGUCGUGGUUGUGUUAGGCGUCUACCACAUCCAUUUAACCCACCAGCAACAGGUCAAGCUGUUCGAGACGACCAAAGAGGAAGGCGGGACCUGGGAUGACUCGGGUCUCUCCAUCACCAUUAACCCAAUGGAGAACCUGCAAGAUCCCCAGGCUGCAGAGGAGGAGGCCAGCGAGGACGAGGACGAAGAGGAGGAUGAUGAGGAAGAGGACGACGAUACCAGUGCCGAGUCAGACAACAGUGAGGAGGAAGUAGACGUGCAAGUACCCAGGAUGCAAGACAAGAAGAGCCUCCACUGGGACAAAACAAAAAUGUCUAAUUGAAACUCUAAAUCACACACACACACACACACACACACACACACACACACACACGCGCGCGCGCGCGCGCGCGCGCGCGCGCAGAACCUACUGAAAAUGCAACAUGAAAUCAGAUUGACACACACGCACACACACGCACAGGCUUUGAAACAUGAGGUAACAUCGCCCUCUAGUGGCUUCCACUAGAAUGACACCUAAAUACACAUUUGGUUUCAAAUGGCUGAAAAAUUCAGGUGGGUUCCAAUCUGACUUGUCUGUGGGGUUUGCACGUUCUCUCCAUGCUUGCAGGUUCUCACACAGUCCAGAAGCUUGCAUUUUAGGUUCAUUGGCGCUUCUAAAUUGCCCAUUGGUGUUUCUACAUUGCCCAAUUCAACUGGUCUUCAAAUUGUGAUCAGGAGUGUAUGUCCUGUGAUUGACUGGCGACCAGUGCAGGGCGUACGCUCCUGCUUGCCUAAAGUAACUGGGAUAGGCUCCAGCUUAACCGGCACUCUGAACAGGAAGCAGUAGAACAUGAAUAAAAAAAUAUGCAUCACAUAACACCUAAAUAUGAAAUAGUAAUAUUUACUGUUUUAAGGAAGCAUUUUGUUCACAUUUCUCCCCAAACUGCAACAGUCCAAACAAUCGUUUUAGUUGAGUUGGUGAGUUGAUGGUUUUGAAAAAGCUAAACAAUUCUUAAGAGAGAAGAGUUGCAAACAUUUAAUAUUAACAUUUAUAUAUUUUUUUGGUAAUUUAUCAGUGAUUAUCCAUGCCCAUGUGGCAAAGCCAGGUGAUUUUACACAAUAACUUAUUUUAAAUGGAACUAAAAAAAAAAAAAAAAAAAAAAAAAAAGAUGUCAUGUUAGAGGAAAACUGCACUUUUUGGGGGAAUUUUGCCCAGCAUCCACAAUCCUUGUGUGGAACACGAGCACACGUCAUUCCCUUUUCUUCGCGUUCCGAAGAAAGAAAAACAAUUAGCAUGAGGGAGCUAACGAUGCAUGUCAUGGGACACACCUGUUUCGACUAUAAAGCCGUCUAAAAAUCCUCCGGCAAUGUUUUAUGGUUUUAUAUACAUGCUGAGACCAUGCAGUAACAGGUACAGUCAUGAUAACAUGUAGUACUUAUUCAUAUUUUGUAUUUUGGUCAUUUGAAACAUUACCGCAACUUCUUUCCUGGGCGCACUGAUUUCACAUAGCCCACAGGAACUAGCGCUACUUCCGUCAACAACAGCAGCGUGUCAAGCGCGUGUCUGUUUGCUGCUACUAAUCAUGGCAGACUUUGUGAGAGCCGCUGACGACGACUGCUUUUGGACAAAUGAGGAUCCAGAAC